UCGCACAACGCCUUGACGUGUCAUCAGGGACAGUGAGGGAAGUUUCCGAUCUUGAAAUGUCUCUAGUUUGAAACAGGCAACAUGUAUGAAAUUGAGUAAUAUUUUUUUUGUUAGGAAUCAUGUCCCUGCUGCAGCGUGUCGGCAGGUCAACAUGCAGUGGAGAAGACAUAUCACUGGCCUCGUUUUUAGCGUCGUUUUCGUUCUAUCAUAUUUCACGAAUAAGUUUGUCCUGUCAGUGUUAAAAUUCACCUAUCCAACCUUAUUUCAAGGAUGGCAGACAUUUAUCGGGGCUGUCCUGCUUCUACUCUCUGGGAAGCUGGGAUUGGUGGAAAUGAGCCGCAUCACCAGAUCAGCAGCUCUUUCCUGGCUUCCAGGCUCCCUCCUGUUUGUUGGAAACAUAUAUGCUGGUUCCAGGGCCUUAUCAUGCAUAGACAUUCCUUUCUUCUUUACUCUUCAGAAUUCCUCUCACGUUGUUAGUUGCAUAAUCUCGAUGGUCUUCCAUAGAGAGAAGGCUCAAUGGCUGAAGUUGAUCAGCAUAUGCUUCAUGCUGCUCUCAGCCAUAAACCUGCCCCGCUAUGAUCCUCAGUUUAAGUACAGUUGUUACCUGUGGGCUGUCGGUCAUCUGAUAUGUGUUGGUGCAUACAGGGUGUUUCAAGUUCACAACAAACCCAGUAAUUUGAGUGACCUUGAACAACAGUGCAUUAACUACUUGUUCAGUGUACUGCUGCUGGCCAUUGCUGCUCACCCAACAGGUGACCUCACUGGUGCCCUGCAGUUCCCGUCCCUUCAGUCCCACACAUUUCACUGUGGUUGCUGUGCCAGUGCACUGCUGGGGUUUUUGUUGCUGUUGGCCACAGUCAAACUGCAAAGUGGAUUUUCCCUCAAGCACUUUGGGGUCUGGAUUUUUUUGUCCAAGAUUACUGCCAUGUCUCUCUCCCCAUUUAUUUUCUACAUGGCCAUUAAUACUCCAGCUCUUAUUUGAUGGGUAAUUAUCCAACCAUUGAUGAUUUCCACGACUUUUCUUGUUUGGAUGCAGUGUGGUCGUCAGUCACGUUGGAGAGGCCCUGCUGGUGUAUUCUGAGAGAGAAACUCAGUUGUGAUGAGAACAUUGUAGCUCUCCAGAUUAACCCGCAACUCGUGCUUCCUAAAGAGAUUCUUUUUCUAGAGAAAGUAUUAUAUUUUUGUAAUUUCUCAUCUGUGCGCUGAUUAUCUGCUGACCAAAUAAAAUUCUUUGUGUACAUA